AUGCGUAUCCCAGUCUUUGCCACCCUCUCCGCCGCCCUCCUUCCUCUCUCCUACGCCCGCUCGGCCCAAGAACCCCUUCAAAUCUAUCUCCAUCCCGCCCCCCAGACGGCGUCGCCAGCUAGCCAUGCAAGCCCGCCAGCUCUCUCAUAUAGCCAAGCAAAGGCCGUGUUGAGCCACCACCUCAAGCAGGAUAUCUCAGACUUUGACGAAAUCCCAGAAGAUGAGAGUCAUUGGGCACACCUGAUGGGCCUUUGGGAAGGCGACGAGGAUGUCCUGCCUGCAUCCCUGUCGUCGAAUCCCACAUUCUAUCUCGAGGACAAUGUGCAAUCGCAUCACCUCCUUGAGCCUUAUAUGCACGAGGCCAGAAACUUCCUCGCCCAUGUCAUUGAAGCUUUCCCCGCCUUUUCCAAAACAUUCCAAGACUUGUGGAAUCUUGCUGGUACCAAGGCGUCAGAGGUCCUCUCGCAAGAGCUCGCUGGAUUGACCGCUCUCACCGACUCGUUGUCUCUGACUAGCCGAGAUGGCAGCUACCCAUGGGAGGCUGCCAGGAUAACUGGUCUCAGAAGCGCCCAGAAGAAUGGCGAGGCUUGGGAGACCGGCAGGCAGAUCAUUCAGGCUGGCCUCGAAUCUAUGACUUCCCCCGGCUCUCCUCCCCUGCUACUCAUCAUUCGUCCUGCAUCCUCUAAGCGUAUCAUCUCCCGAUCCACCAUCCCUCUUACUUCCCUAACUGUCAAGUCCAACACCACACUUGCGGCCGCAUGCUACACCUCCAACGAGACAUGUUCGGAAGCUACCUCGUGCAACGGUCGAGGGGCCUGUGCCCUUAAGAGUGCCCAAGACGGGACAGAGUGCUGGGGGUGCAAGUGUAGGGGUGGUUAUGCUGGCGUGGAGUGCCAGAAGGAUGACUAUUCUACGUCUUUCAUCAUCCUGAUAUUCUCGACAUUACUCUUGUUGGGGCUGGCUGGCGGUAGUAUCGCUCUUCUCUACACCAUUGGCGAGACUAAACUGCCUUCUACCUUGACUUUGGCCGUGGGAGGAUCCAAGAGAAAUUAG